GUCCGGCUGGGGCUGAAAAACGUUUUAGCCACAAGUGGACUUUGCUCAAACCAAACGCAUACGAACCCAUAUAGGCAUAUUUGAACAUUUAUUCAAGUUAGAAUCGUUCACGUAAGGCUACGCAAAAUCGACCCUGCUAUUGUCAAUAUGCAAGGCACGCCGUUAAUAUUGGAUGGUGGACUAGCUACAGAACUAGAGAAAAGAGGACUUCAAAUACAGGAAGAACCUUUGUGGAGCGCUAAAAUAUUGCAUACAAACCCAAAGGCGAUAAAGGAUGUACAUUAUGGAUUUCUUGAGUCUGGAUCUGAUGUCAUUACAACAGCUACAUACCAGGCUAGUAUUGAAGGAUUUCUCAAGCAUCUUGGCCUCAAACCUGAGGAGGCACAGCAGUUACUGAUGUCAGGGGUCCGGUUAGCUAAAGAGACUGCAACAGACUUCAUGUCUAACUGUGCAGUGGCAGACAGAAAGGUACCUUUGGUGGCAGGCUCUCUGGGUCCUUACGGGGCAUUUCUGCAUGACGGCUCGGAGUACACAGGAGCCUAUGCAAACCAGCUGAGUGUGGAGGAGCUGAAAGACUGGCAUCGUCCACAGCUCCACUGCUUAGUGGCUGCAGGAGCUGAUCUCAUUGCCAUGGAGACCAUACCGAGUCUUAAAGAGGCAGAGGCCUUGGUGGAGCUGCUGAGGGAAUUUCCAGAUACUAAAGCUUGGCUUGCCUUUUCCUGCAAGGAUGCACAGUGCAUUUCAGAUGGAAAUAAAUUCUCUGAGGCUGUUCAGGUGGCUGGUAAGUCAACACAGCUGGUUGCUGUUGGGGUGAACUGUUCUCCCCCUGCUCUGGUGAAACCUCUUCUAGAAUCAGCCACGUCCCAUAAGUCAGCCAACAGAAGCUGGGUGGUUUAUCCAAACAGUGGUGAAGCCUGGGAUCGUACUACAGGUUGGAAAACGGUUACCAGGACAUCAUUUACAGAGCUAAGCAUUGAGUGGAAAAAGCAAGGGGCUCUAUGGAUCGGAGGCUGCUGCCGGGUUGGUCCCAAUGACAUUGCAGAUCUAAAACAUCAUUUAACAUAGACGCAAUGUCCAAAGUUAAGACUCGCGCACAACACUGAAUGGUUAGUGCAAAAGAGCUCAUAAUUGCUAUACAGAAAAAGAAGAAAAUCAUACAAAUGUUUAUUUAUAAAGAAAACUAUUACCAACCAUUUUCAAUUCAUACUGUUUUCACAUGUAUAUGGGAUUUAAGAUGCCACACACUUUUCAUAAUGCAUGUUUUAGAUGUGGUGGUGGAUUUAAAAUGGAGAUAACUGUGCAUAUAACAUGACAGCCGCCAUGCUAUCUUUUCACAAAGAACUUCACCAUACACAACAAAAUUAAGCCAUCUGUUUUUCAGUUACCCAAAUUUGCAUCAGCUACCUUAAAUAAAGAGUGACAUUUCCUCUGC